GUAAAAAUAGAGAAAAAACCCCAAAUUUUCUUCAUUAUUUCUACGGAAUAUUAAUAAAUCCAACAUUUGAAAAUGUUUCAAGAACCUGACUACAGAGAAAACUUAUCAUUGAUGUUAUCGGAGGUUUUACAUGACAUUGGUGUCAAUGAAAGAAUAGUGAUGAGAAGGAGAAGAGGAUACAUGCUGAUGGAGACUAUGAGAAAUAUCACGUGCAGGUUAACUGAUCUAAAUGGAACUAUCUAUUAUCUAGGGAGUCAGAGUGAAGGUACAACUACUAUAGGACUUGAUUCAGACAUUGAUAUUCUAUUCUGUAAUCAUGAUGUCAAUUUAAUACAAGACUGGUCAGAGUGGGAACAUGGCAAGUUAAACUGCCUCAUGAUACAGGAUGAGAACACUACCCCCGGGUAUUGUUUCUUACAACUACUAAGACAUGAUGAACCUCUUCCUGUAACUGUCAUUCCUGAUGAACACCAUAUUACUGAUAGAAGAGGAAGAAUAUUGUAUAAAAAUACAAUGAUAAAUCAAUUUCUUCAGGGUGCUCAGCAGCAGCAUGGACCAUCUAUUGCUGAACAAGGACAACCUGAAUUUUGUGAUAGAGACAUGGUGAUAGCUUAUCCAUGUAAAUCAUGGUCUCAAUCAGCGAUAGGUUGGUUACAUAGACAGGGUAUUGGCAGAUGGCCAACACAAGAGAUGAGAAGAUAUGCAGCCAGAACUGGGUGUUUUGUUGUUCCAACUGGAAGUAAGGUCAGUGAAUAUCCUGAAUUGGAAUGGAGGUUAUCUACAUCAUUGACAGAAAGAUAUCUAAUGUUCAAUCUAAAUAUAACACAAAUAAGGUGCUAUGUACUAUUGAAAAUGAUUCUUAAGUCCUUCCUUAAUCCUGGAGAUGAAAUCAACAUAUCAAGUUUCAUGUGUAAAACAGUUAUAUUACAAUGUAUAGAAAACACAGAGUCAGGAAUAUGGAAAGAUAAUAAUUUAUUUACAUGUUUAACAUACUGCUUAUUGGAAUUACACAGUUGUGUACAGAAUGACUGUUGUUCACAUUUCAUUAUACCAGAAAAUAAUUUAAUGGCAGGGCAAUUUACAGCUGAGACAAAACAUGAACUUUCAAAAAAUAUUUGUGAACUUAUACAAAAUGAUAGACAAUGGUUACUUAGUAUUGAUAUCGAUUAUCUUGGCCCUAGACUUCAAGUUAAACUGAACAGAGUACCACCUGCAGUUUACUAUUUUCCUUCUUCCUUUGAAAUGUAUGAACAUGUUUUGACGUUGGGAAAUGUAAACAUUGCAAUAAUCAUACGUAAAAAUCACAAGGUUGUUUUAAACCAUUUACACAAUAAAAACAUUAGAACAAUGAAGCAAUAUAUAGGUAAACUAAUGACCUUCAGCGAUAAUGGUAAUAGAUUAGAACAUACUGCAUUCAAGCUUCUAGCACCUUUUCUUUUUACCACAUACGGAUCUAUCCUAGCAUCAUCCAGCAUUGCUGAAAAUAAUCAAGUGUCACCCCAAGCAGUGCUCUGGCUAUCAGCUGGUUUAAACUCAGAUAUCUCAUCUAGUAGACUUAAAUCGGCUUCAGUGUUUUACAGUACCGGAGAUAAAGGAGAAAGCCAACUUAUUCUGAAAACACACAGAAACCCAAAAAUAUUAUUCCCUUUUCCCCGUUUUACCUACUGUAGGCCCCCCAAAUCAGUCCCUUUGGAACGGGGAACAUCGAAAAUUUAA